UCUCCACAAGAACUGGAACAAUCAACUGGACUUUGAAGACUGUUUCACCUGUACACUUUGCCUAGUGGAGAAAAAGGUAGCAAUUUGAAACAUGAAGACUAUGAUUCUACUGUUUUGUCUUCUGGGAUCAACUCAGUCAUUACCAAUGCAGCUCACCCCUGCUUUGGGACUUCCUCCAACACAGCUGGUUCCAGAUCAAACAACCCUACUAAGUCAACAGCAGCCAAAUCAGGUCUUCCACUCUUUAAGUCUAAUACCAUUGACACAGAUGCUCACACUGGGGUCAGAUCUGCAACUGCUAAAUCCUCCCUCAGGGAUGGCACCUGCUGCCCAGACCCUCCCACUGACGCUGGGGGCGUUAAAUGUACAACAGCAGCUGCAGCCACAAAUGUUACCACUUAUUGUAGCACAGCUUGGAGCCCAGGGAACUAUCCUAAGCUCUGAGGAAUUGCCAGUGGCGCCGCACAUCUUCACAGGCCUCCUCUUCCAGCCCUUGUUCCCCGGAGCCAUCCUGCCCACCGGCCAGGCUAACCCGGACGUCCAAAACAGAGUCCUUCCUGCAGGACAAGCAGGAGUAAAUCCUGCCCUCCAGGGAACCGAGAGCCCCUUCGCGACUACCAGCGGCACAGACACAGACGACGACUUUGAAGUGACCACCCCUGCAGGCAUCCAAAGGGGGGCAAACGUUCCUGAGGGAACCACCACAGGGGCCCCAAAUGGAAUUCAAUAAGCUGAAUUUUUUUUUUCAACUAAACCACCUUAAAUGUGGUCCUACACAUCAGUCUUUUUUCAUUGAUCAUGUUAUGGAAAAAAUUGAGACACA